UUCAGGUCCAGCUCCUGCAGGGGGGGGGCGGAGUCAGAUCAACAUAACCACUCCCCCUGUCUGAGCUGCAUGAUAAAAAGUGAAACUGAGCAGUGACAGGGUGAGACACUCACUCAUUCGCUCACUCGCUCUCUCGUCUCCUUGAGUCUCUGUGGUGAUUCAGCUGUGUGACCUUUGACCUCUCAGCAUGUGGGCUGCUCAGACUCUGCAGGACAUUUUUGUCGCCAACGUUUCAGAGAAGAACACGACUGAAGCUCAGGACUGGACUGAGGUGUAUGACGUGGUCAGGUGUGUCCAGCUCGUCAUGGCUCUGCUCAGUAUUCUGGGUUCUGGCUCCAUCAUCGCCUGUGUGAUGUCUCAGAGACGUGUUCACAGACCUGAGCUGCAGCCUCUGCUCCUGCUGUGCGUGUCCGACCUGCUGCUCGCCCUCUGCUGGUUGUUAGGAGCGUUGCUGUUCUCUGAGCACUGCAGCAGCGUGAACACACUCUGCUACAACCUGCACACUGUGGAGCAGGUUCUGUACAUGGCGUCAUUCUUCUACACUCUCAACUUCACCUGGAACCUUUACAAAGGAAUCAGAGAGAAACUCAGCAGCUGUUUCCAUGGUUACUCUGUACAGUUUUCUAACAGAGUGAGUACAGCAGGUAAAGCCACAGCUGUUCUCUCAGGUGUGGUUCCUCUCCUGCUCAUGACGCCCGUUUUUAUUGAAGGAAACAUCAGCCAGUGUCAGGCCAACUUCAGUCAGCCCUACAGGUGUUUGCUCAUGGACACCGGAGCGCUGUACUUGACCUCUAAGUACCGUCAGCCAAUCAGAAGCUGUCGUCUGCUCCACACGUACGCCGUCUCCGUCUUCGUCGUCUCCUUCGUCCUCACGCUCCUCAGCAACACGGCUCUCGUGGUCAGAGCUCGACACAUUUACAGGCGUGUUGUGACAUCACGAGGUUACCUUGGUAACGAGCAGCAGACCUCCCUGCGUGUGAUGGACCGCCGGAUGCUGCUGUACCCGCUGGUCUUCAUCAUCUGCUGGGGUCCAGCGGCGGCGUUAGCAUUUCUGCACGUGGUGAAGCCGUCAGCGUGUCAGGGUAAAGCCGGCGUCGUCCUCUACAUAUCACAGACAUUCACCACGGCGUCUCAAGGCUCCCUCAACUGUCUCGUCUACGGGUGCACGCACGCACGCCUCGGCCGCGCCAGCAGGGCGGCGCCAUCCCGAGACGUGGACACGCAGACGCCUCUGCUGCAGUCGCAGAAGAAGAGGAGCUACCAGGCGCUCAGCUGAGACAGAGGGGGAGGAGGAGGGAGAGGAGGGGGAGGGACGGGGGAGUCCUGAACUCUCACUGAGCUGCAGGGAAACCACCGCGGCGACAAAGACGUCCACCUGUGAGGAGGAAGCACUGAGGCGAGGAAAAGGGAAGAAGAAGAAGAAGAAGAAGGAGGGGGUCAAAAGAAACAGGAUUUGAAAUAGAAACAUUCAUUCAGGUCAUGUGACACCUGGUGGUCAGUGUGUGAGCCUCAGUGUGAUGAUGAUGAUGAUGAUGAUGAAGAUGAUCACCACGUUUUAACUUUUUCUGAUUGGUAAUAUUUAGUUUUUUUGUUUGUUUUUAUACUUCUUCAGCUGUCAGUGGGCGGGGCUUAUCAUUGUCUUGUCUCCGCCCGCUCCUGCUCUCCUGCUGUUUACAAACAAACGCUUUAAUUAGGAGAAAGGAGGUCAAAGGUCACUUCCUGAUGACGCACUUAACGAGUCUGUGACCUCAGAGAGGCUUUGGUUCCUCGCCGCCGUGGUCACAUGAACAGAGAUGCCGUCUGUGUGACGCAGGGGCCCCACCCCCUGUAAGCCCCGCCCCCCUCUGACCUUCCACCUCAGCGUCACACGUUUCAUCUGCAGAACAAUGAGUUUCCUGUGGUCGCUGAAGGUCGUGAACUGAAAAUGAAUCUGUUGAUUUCUUUAGAAACGCAACUGUCACCUUUGACACCUUUGAACUCUGUUUUUAAUAUUAUAUAAAAUGUGUUCAAUUAAAAAUAAUAUUUAAAAACCAUUGUUUGUAUUUAAAGAUAGAGUUUAUGUAGUUCAUACAUGAGGCUGUGAGCGCCCCCUGCUGCUAAAGGCAGUGUGUGACA